AGUGACUGACAGGCAGCAGUCAGCAGGUGCAUGCAGGUGAUUGGCUCGUUCACACUUCCAGCGUGUUCAUGGCUUGUUCUGCGCUUCUGUGGCACGUCUGUCACUCUCGAUCGUGAUUUAUUUACUGUGUGGAGCGUUCAGGAAUAUAACGCGUUGGGAAAAAGUGACUUUACGCACAUCCAAAGCAGCCACUGAUCGGAAGACUUUGGAGUAAUUACUGCGAGGUGGGAUGAUGGCAGAGGACACCCUCAACGAUUCCUUCCCAGAUCUGAAAGAAGUGGAGAAUAAGGUUGGCAGGAAAACACCGGAAAGCCUCCUGACUUGGAUGAGGGAUGCUGCGGACUGCGAAGAAGAUGAUCUGAGGUCUGAUGUGGUAGAUAUGGGAGACCGCGGCUCUGCAUCCAGCGACAGCUUCUCUGACAAAAUAAGCAACUUAAAACAAGAGAUGAGGUGGCUGCGUUCUGCCGAUGUGAAGAUUCUGCGCCAGCUGGUGGCCGUGCACGAGGGCAUCGAAGCCAUGCGCUGGCUGAUGGAGGAGCGGGGGGCCUUAGCCAGCCACAGCAGCAGCUUGACAGGCAGCCUGAGCAGCCUGGUGACCAUGGAGGAGUCCUCGAUGUCCCACUGCAGAGAAAACCAGAGUCCCACUCAGGAUUUGACUGAAACCUCUGGAGAGGAAUCAGCACAUCACCCACCAAACACCGAUGAUGGUGAUUCACACCGCAGGAGCUCCUUCGACAUCCUGAUCCCCGAGACUACUGAGGCAAAACCUCUUAGUCCUUCCACCUCCGAGUUUGAAGUCAGUCCUUCCACAUAUGGCGGGCACGUUUGGGCACCAUCUAGUCCCACUAACGAUUCGGUUAGUGCCGAAUUACAAAAGUCACAGCCACAGGACUCGGCUAGAGCUCCAUUAAAAGACUUCAGUGAGGGCGCUAACACCAUCAGAAGGGCUCUCCUCAGAUCUAUCAAGUCAAGAAAAAAAGUGAAAGCAGCUGAUAUAGUUGUAGCUGACAAUUUUCCCCUCACUAAACAAUCAGUGGAGAUACAAGCAGAGCACCGAGCUCAGCAGAGUGUCGAACCCCCUCAGAACAAUACGACGGAUGAGAAGGAGGAAGAGAGGACGCCUGACAGAGAGAUGCCUUUGCUGUUCUUUGAUUCUCAGUGGUGCUGGGUGGACUCACAGGACGAUGUGACGUUUGUAUGAUUUUCUAUAAGCACAGUUUAAAUGUAUGAUAUUUGGUUUGAAGCUUUUCCCUUCAACAGUUAACUGGCAGUAAUGCAGUGGGAUUUAAAAUGCCCUUUGACUCUGAUGAAUGAGUGAUGAAUGAUGCUUAAAGAUGAACGUCUCACUGUCUCUUUUUCACUACUCUUUUGCUUUAUGUUUACUUAAGGAGUUCCAAACUUGUAUUAAAAAUUAAGGAAAUCACAAAUAUGAAGAAGCCCUUUUAGAAGAUAUCAAUAAAUGUUAUGCCCUAUGUCUAAUAAAUGUUUUACACACUGGUGACUUGAAUUGCAGAGAUUGAUCAUAAACUCUGUUUUUCUGUCUUUCUCAUUAGGUUGCAUUGAAUUUCAUGUGAAAGUUUAAUCUUAUUCAUAAGACAAGAAUGGCUGCGAAUACUUGCUUAUUUCUCAUAUAGACUAUUGUCCAGUCUCUUUGUGAAUAUUGUGGAUAUAAGGCAACAAUAAAGCUGUGAGGAUUUUAAAGAGGAUGCCAUUGUUCUGCUUGAAUUGUUACGCAAUGAU